GAUUUGAGUAAGCUGUUGAACCAGCAGGCGGUGUGUGUUUUUUUCUCUCUUCCUGGUUUUGCAUUUGCUGUAUCACAUCCUGCUGGUGUGUCUUCAUUUCCUGCCACAUGGACGAAAGACGACUUCACGUUAAUUUCAUCAAGUCUGAGUUGAAUUCAUCAAACUACAGAUUUCAGAAAUCCAGGACGCUCCGAUGACAACACACAGUAAGGAAGUGUCCUUCAGCAUCCUCAGUGUUUCGAUGGUCCAUCUUGCUAUCAUUCUUCUAAUGCUGUCUUUUGGAGGAAAGUCAGAGCUGAUUUGUUCUCAUGAACCAAUCGUAGCUCUGGUUGGUGAGGACGUCCUUCUUCCAUGUCACCUUGAACCUGCAGUCAGCGCCAAUUAUGAGACAGUGGUGUGGACCAGACCUGAUCUGAUUCCAAAGUACAUCCAUUAUCAUCAAGAUGGACGUCUGCUGUUUGAGAAACAACAUCCAUCUUAUUAUUUAAGGACUAGACUGUUUAUGGAUGAACUGCCGAGAGGAAACGUCUCCAUGAAAAUAUUCAGAGUGAAAAUCUCUGAUGCUGGAAGAUUCUUUUGCAAACUUCCAUCAAUGAAAGAGGAGGAUUCCAUCCAACUCACUGUUGGUGCUGUCUCCACUCCUUUCAUAGAGGUUGUGACUAACAAUAGUGAGCAUGUAGUUCUACAGUGUAACUCUACAGGCUGGUAUCCAGAACCUGAGGUGUUCUGGCUGGACGGUGAGGGAAACCUCCUCUCUGCUGGACCUACAGAGACAGUCAGAGGUCCUGAUGACCUCUAUACUGUCAGCAGCAGAGUGACUGUGGAGAAGAGACACAGCAACAGCUUCACCUGUAGAGUCCAACAGAACCACACCAACCAGACCAGAGAGGCACAGAUACAUGUUCCAGCUGAUUUCUUCAAGGAUCAGUCCUCUUCUCAUAAGAUUUGGAUUCUUCCUGUGAGUGGUGCUUUGAUCAUCAUCAUUAUCACCAUAUGCAUAAAGAGAUACUUGGCGUGGGCCUCGGCCAGACCACUGACAGAGGUGCAGGAGCUGGCGCCAUCUGGACCGCCGACUGGGGGCCACUGGCAGGUGUCGACGGGGUUGAGACUGAGGCCUGGGCUGGGAGCUCGACUGUGUCCGCGGCCUGGGCUGGGCUGGCCUGGGAGCUCGGCUGUGGUCUGUCUCAAUGUCAAUUAAUUAACUUCAGUAUUUCAAGCUCACAAUGACGAGAGAACUACAGUCAGUUAAUGUCUGAUAAAAAUUGCGUUUCUCUAACAUCUGUUUUUAUCUGUUUCCCUCAAGCUCGCUGUGUAGAUCGCUCCGCCUCCUGAUUUCUCUCUCCCUGUCUCUAGCUUUCUCCUCUUUCUCCCGUUUUUUCAUCAGACUCCUCUCUGUCGGACCAUCAGAAACCUGGGAACCUCUCUGGAUCAUCAGCCCCCCUCAUGGAUCAUUACUAACUUCUGUUUUACAAUCACAAUAUCUUGACAUCCUGAUGAUUUUGUGCUGAUUAUCUUGUGUGUCCUGUCCUUUUCUAGAUCACCACGGCAGACUGGACCUCGUGUGGCUUGGACACCAUUUGGCGGCGCCUGUCUUAUGUGAUUCACUGUCAAUGAUAUCUAUGAACUGUGAUUUUCUUGUUCUGUUCUGUAUGUAUCUAUUGCAUGUCUGUCCAUCCUGGAGGAGGGAUCCCUACUCUGUGGCUCUUCCUGAAGUUUCUUCUAUGUUUUUUUUUUUUUCACUGUUAAAAGUUUUUUUUUCCCCAACAUGGCAAGUUUUUCCUCUCCAGGAUGGGUCUGAGGACAGAGGUACUGACUGUAAAGCCAUUUGAGACUGUGAUAUUAUGAUAUUUGGCUACAUGCAUAAAAUCAAGUCAAAUCCGCCGUUAGCUGUGAUAACAUGGACAAUAUUUCUUCACAAUGAUUGGAAUCAUUCUGAUAAGAGUUUCCAACUUAACUGUUUACAUGCAUGCUAGAUGCAGAGUGGAUCCAGCUGCUGUGAAGUGUUCUCUGUGAAUUCUCAAUUUUUUUUUUUUGAGAAUUUUCAGUUUAUUCAUUCACUUUCGUCGUCUGUCGAUAUUUCACGUUUGUGUUUAUUGAGCUAAAGUUAGCUAAUGUUGUGACCUUAGUAUCAGAUGUCAAUGUUGAACUCACCAGUAAUGCUGCUGUUGUCUGCUGCUUUAUUCAUUAAUGAUUAUUAUUGUUAUUAAGUUUGAGUAGGCAUUACAAAGUCAGUCAGUUAAGAUCAACAGUUCUUCUCCAAAACUACUGAAUGCUCCUUUAAUGCAAUGAGACUGAAUGUGCUGAAACUAAAUGAAUCUGUGAUGUUUGAUUAAAACAAGUUGUUCCCUUA